GCAAUAAUUUUUAGGGUCAGAAGUUUCAGCCUUACAUGCUAUAAAAUAAAUCUGUUUCUCUCACAUCUUCCAAGUAAGAAUACGUGAAAACAAGAUGACGUAAGGUGUAAGUAGACAUGAUGUCAAACACUUGGCUACUGUUUUUACUGUGUAUUUAGUUGUUAUUCAUAACAUAUACAGAAUGUUUGUUAAAUAACUUUGUGUAUAAUAGCAUGUAGAUCAUUGUUAAGGUCAAAAAAGUAACAAGAGAAAGAAGUGGGAAAAGCUUUUGAAAAAUUGUUGAUACACAUAAACAUAAAACUUAGAAAAAGGAGAAAAAAAGAGUUGACAAGAAGAGUGGAAUUAUGCAAACAUAACCACAUAGAAUCUAGAGAGUUUUAUACAAAGCUACAAGAAAAAGGCAUAAAGAAAAGAUUUUUAAAAGAAAAGAAAUUGAAAUGAAAAAUUAAAAAGAGAAAGUUGAAAAAACAAAUAUACGUAUAUUGACAAGAAUAUAUCUAUGCUGACACGAACAACGUGGUUAUUCGAAUAUCAAGAUGGUAGCGCAGUUUGCAUUUCAGACGACUCGGAGCCGCUUUAUAUUUAUAUGUUGUUUUGCAGCUUUUUUCUUCGUAAUUUUCUUAGCACACCCAAGAAAGACUUUUCCAAAAUCGGAUGAAAACUCAAUGCGUAGCUAUGGUAGCGAUGUGUUAAAACGCAUAAAAAACUUAGAAGACCAAGUUCAACAAAUUUACGAUAAUUUUAUAAACUCUUACAGUAAUGCGUUGACGAAAGCAGUCACGAAAGAAGUAAAAAAAAUACCUAGUAAUUCUUCUUCAUUUAAUUAUACCCAAAUCAAGGCCAGUUCAUUUUGGACAGGUGUUGAUACCUAUGGACAGUACGAAAACUUAUAUGCAAAUCGAAGUCGGGAUCAUCAAACAUGCCUGGUCACACAACGAAGAUGCGAUCAAAAGUAUAAACUUUUAAUCCUUAUCACUACCCACAUUUCGCAUAUCAGUCGACGUGAAACCAUUAGAAAUACGUGGGGAGUCGACAAAAUGAAACGCUGGAAGACUGUGUUUCUCGUCGGUCGCUCUCGAAAUACGUAUGACUUGCGCUUGUUGUCCAACGAGAUUGACAAGCACCAAGAUAUAAUAUUAGGUGAUGUUUACGAAGACUUUUACAACUUGACAUCUAAAGUUCAAGCAGGAUUCGAAUGGUCGAUACGUUAUUGUAGAUAUAAGUAUAUGUUAAAAGGCGAUGAUGAUGUUUUCAUAAAUUUCCCUAGGUUAUUUUCAUUUUUAACGUCCUCUGAAACGCCGACCAGCGAACUAUACGCAGGUAACGUGCAGUACCAGGCCCACGUGUUUCGCAGUGGAAGAUAUGGUGUAACUAAAAACGAAUUUCAAAGAAAAACAUAUCCGCGGUAUUGCUCAGGAGGAGGGUUUAUAUUAACACGUGAUGUGGUGGAGCGCAUGAUAGCGAAGUUUCCAAAUGUAAAACGCAUGAGUAUUGAUGAUGCUUAUAUUGGGGAAUUAGCCUUAAAAUCAGGAAUUGAUGUCAUGCAUGAGGAUAAUUUUCGCAUGUUUGAGGAUGAAAAAGCCUGCGAGUUCAAGAGGGACACUAUUGUCCAUCAUCCAGUCAAAUCAAGAGAUUGUAUGGAGAAAUUGUUCAAACGAAGUUUGGAGGAAACGUCUUGAUAUAGCGCAUAAUAUUUUUUUUUAGCUCAGCUGUUUUUUUUUGUUUUGUUUUGUUUUAAAUUGUCAUAAAUUCUUGUGUUGGUAAAAAUUAGGAUUAUUUACAUGGAAAUGUGUUUUUUAAGCUGCUAAAAAAUAAUAUAUGACUAGAAGUUUUU